AACUAUGAUUAUUGACAGCUGGUUAUAGAAAACUAAGAGAAAGGAUAGAUAUUUUUCAAGUCUAAGUGUUUGUAAAAAUAUACAAAUAUGUAUGCUACUACACGUUCCUUAACACGUUCUACGGUUUUUCGCCAAAGCUUAUCGCUAUCUGAAGCCUAUACCGCCCGUCAUGUAGCUAUGAAAAUCGUACCGGUUGAUACAGUAACAAAAAAAGAGACGUUUUUUGAAAAAAAUGCACGUUUAGGACGUGAAAUGUCGCCUCACUUAACCAUUUAUCAGCCACAGUUAACCUCACUGCUGUCGGUUACUCAUCGUGGCACUGGUAUGGUGUUGACUGCAGGGGUUUGGGCGUUGGGAUUAGCAGCUUUAAUAUCGCCGCAAGAUAUUGGCAAUUAUGCCUCAGUAAUCGAGGGGCUACAUUUAGGUGGUGCCACCUUGACAUUUUUGAAAUUUAUGUUUGCUUUCCCAUUGGGCUUCCACACCGCAAAUGGAGUACGUCAUUUGCUUUGGGAUACUGGGCGAUUUUUGAAAAUCAAAGAAGUUUAUUCAACUGGUUAUGUAAUGGUUGGCAUGUCAUUCGUUUUAGCCGCCAUGUUGGCUAUGAUGUAAAGCAAUGGAAUGUAUUUUAUCUAAGAGAGAAAUCAAUGUCUUGCUUGUGAUGAAUUUUACCUUGUAAAAUUUGCUCUAUAUAAUAUGGAAAAUAUUAUUAAGUGCAUAUGUACCUUUGCUAAAAAUAAAUUCGUGCAAAAAGUGUGUGAUGUAAUCAGCUAACGUAAAAAAUGCGGAG